AUGGAACCAAAAUUGAAGGUAGCCAUAUUGAUCGUCUCUGACACGGCCUCGAAGGACCCCACUUCAGACAAAGUAGCGGAGAGUCUGGCGCCCAUCCUCGCCCAAGAGGGGAAGUGGGAACCCCCCGCAAUCAGGAUCGUGCCGGACAAUGUGUUCCAGAUCCAACAGGCUGUCUGCGACUGGGCCGAUGGGGAAGAAUGGUAUAAUCUCAUAUUGCUUAGCGGCGGUACGGGUUUCGCUGUCAAAGAUAACACACCCGAGGUAAUCAUCCUGUUGUUUCUCCAUGGUAUGAUCGCCGCUUCAUUGAAAGUAACGCUAUUUGCGAUGAUGGCUCGACCAGUUGCUGGUGUACGCGACAAAUCAUUAAUUAUCACUUUACCUGGUUCACCUAAAGGCGCUAUGGAGAAUCUUGAAGCCGUUGUGAAACUUCUGCCUCAUGCUUGUAUACAGAGCGCUGGGGCCAACUCUCGCACUUUACAUGCUGGCGGCAUGAAGAAGCUGGAAAGUGAUGCUGGUGUUUCCUCAGAUAACCACCAUCACCACCAUCAUCAUCACCAUGCUCACGGUCAUGGCCAUGGACAUGCUGUUCCCAAGGCCCACACCUUCCCAGCAGACCGACCUCAAUCAAAUGACCCAUCCGCGGGACCUAAUCAACGGUACCGUUCCUCACCGUACCCAAUGCUCUCUGUGGAGGAGGCGCUUCGCACGGUAAGCGAGCAGACUCCUGCCCCGAUAGUCAUUGAUGCCCCAGUGAACACAUCCAUUGUGGGGUCAGUCGUUGCCGAAGAUGUCUACGCGGCUGAAAUGGUACCCGCCUACCAUGCCAGUAUCGUCGACGGAUACGCCAUCAUUGCUCCCAAACCUACCGACGCCGGAGCAUCAACCAAGGGCGUGUUCCCCGUAGCAUCUAUCACCCACGCCACCGCUGGCGGGGUCUUAGAGCCACUCCAGCCUGGUACCAUUGCUAGAAUUACUACUGGUGCUCCUCUGCCUCCAAACGCCAAUGCUGUAGUCAUGGUCGAAGAUACCGCCCUAGUCUCCUCCACCCCCGACGGCAAAGAAGAGGCCACUGUCGAAAUCCUAGCUGACGACAUCCAACCCGGCGAGAAUGUUCGCGAUCCCGGAAGCGACGUGACACUUGGCUCUAAGAUCUUAGCUCGUGGAGACUUGAUCUCCCCCUGCCGGCGAACUAUCAAAGUAUUCAAGAAACCCCGCGUGGGCGUUUUGAGCACAGGAGACGAGCUCGUAGAGCACGACGACCCCCGCAAGCUCGUCGGUGGCCAGAUCCGUGACUCUAACCGUCCUUCCCUUCUCUCCUGCCUGUCAUCAUGGGGCUUCGAGACCGUGGACUUGGGUAUCGCCCGCGACACUCCCGCCAGCGAACUGGAACAUGCCCUCCGUGACUCUCUCCGCGGUGUCGGUCGGGCCUCUGCAAGUGUCGAUGUGAUCGUCACAACAGGCGGUGUCUCAAUGGGCGAGCUGGACCUCCUCAAACCAACCAUUGAACGCUCCCUAGGUGGUACCAUUCACUUUGGCCGAGUUUCCAUGAAGCCCGGAAAACCCACCACUUUUGCAACAGUUCCCUUCAAAGAAUCCGACUCUACCAGCGGUCAACAAGAACGCAAAUCAAAAAUUAUCUUCUCUCUCCCCGGUAAUCCGGCCUCUGCCCUGGUUACCCUGAACUUAUUCGUCCUGCCUUCUCUGCACAAACUCUCCGGUCUUGGAGAGAGUUCACAAGCCAUCGCCACGAAGCCCUGGAUGGCGCCGCAGCUUGGCCUGCCGCGCGUGGCUGUUGUGUUGACACACCAUUUCCCUCUUGAUCCCAAGCGCACCGAGUACCACCGUGCUGUCGUGACAGGCUCACGCUCCGAUGGCCGCUUGUACGCCACCAGCACUGGUGUCGAGGGCGUUGGACAGCGCAGUUCGCGGGUGGGCAGCAUUGCCCGCGCGAAUGCGCUUGUUGUCCUUCGUCCUGGACGUGGUGUUGGUAUCAAGGGUGAGAUUGUGGAGGCGUUGAUGAUGGGUCCUGUUUAUGGAUCUGAUACCCGAAUCAUUUGCUAG